UUUUAAACACUUUUUAUUGUUUAGGUUGGAAACGACUUUGAUAAAUGUUUUAAGAGCAUGGAACAUGACGAUAUAGUUGAGAGAAGAAUAACCUGGUUAAUCGUUCUUGCCGUUCAGCGAGGUUCCCCUGCACAGUUAAGAGAUCUAGAACUUUGCUACGGAAAAUCUGACCAGGAGAGUGUGGCAAGGGUUCAAGAAAUAUAUACAGACUUAAGACUGAACCGAAACAUACCUAUCUAUAUCGAACAGAAAAUGGCUGAUAUUGAAAAAGAUAUUCAGCAGAUAGCAAAGGUUGACCGGGAAGGGUUGUCUCAGUCUUUAUUCUUCAAUCUCCUUCAAGAUAUCUCAUUGGACUAAAAUACUGAAGUUUACAGAAGGAACCGAAUGCUGCUCACUCUGGUUAGUCUGGUGUGAUAUUAUUGUGUGAUAAGUAACCAACAGCAAAAUAAUUAAUAAUAAAUGAUUUUAUAAACAU